AGAUCAUUGGUACCGUCUUGAACGGCGCACAAGCUCAUCAGAGUUUCCAUUUUCUUGAAAACCUUGGUCAUGACCGAUUUCAUCGACAGGGCAUCAUCCGUAAGGCCAACAGCGGUGCACAUCGGUUCCGUCGUACAGAAAUGGCUCUGAAACGCACAGUUGAAAAAUUAACGUUCAUUAUUUCCGCAAAAGUUUGCAAAACUACUAAACGAAAUUACUCGUAUGAGUAAGAAAAAAAUAACGUAGAAAAUCAAGUAAACGUUCCCAAUGCUGGCAAAUAUUUUUUUAUGCACAAUAAACUGUACUUCGGACGGCGAUGUACUAGUAUAAACUUCAACGCUUCCAUAAAUCUGUCUAAUCGAAGGUCAACAAUUCGAUAACCACUGGUCAUUCUCUCCCAGACGAUAGGAGCGUCGGCGCUUGGGGUCUCAUCGUAACGCCGUACAGACCUAAUCGCCGAGAGACGAAGUUUCAGAGCGAAAUAAUCGCUUUCCUUGAUAGAACUUUUCUUACGAUUAUCAUUGGCAAAAAACGGCCAGCCCCUUCCAUACAUAUUAUACAUGUUGGUUUUUUAAAAAAAAUUAUUAUCCCUGAUUCCUUAUUACUUUAAAUUCAAUGAUUCAAUUUUCAAUACAAAAUUUGGAUAAAAGUUUCACGCGACAUUUGAAAUUUUUAGAGAAAUUUUUUAUUGUGAAGCUGCUGCAAAUCGAAUUAAACUGAACCCCAGUAGAACAGUAGAUUCAUUCUGUCAAAAAUGGUACUAACAGCAGAGACUUUUUUGUUUCCUAUUUUUUCUAAUAAUGUGACUGAACUGCAUUUUGAUAUCCUUUCAGCGAUAAGUUCAGAAUUUAUAUAAAAUGGAAUCCUUUUUUUUUUAUAUGAUGUACCACGCUCUUCCACUUCCUACUAAUUUUAUAUAAAUUUCACGAUCUUUAAGUGUCCGUUUAUGAUCAAUUUCCGAAUCGUUUGUUUACCAAAAUGGAUAUCGAGGAGAAAGACGAGCGCGCGUUAGAAGUGGAGGCGCGCAUGAAGGCACCCCUUGAAUGGGAAUCGUCGGCCAAGUGUAAAAUAUUCGACCUAAAGGAGUCACAGUACGACGAAGCUUUGCGUCUGAUCAAAGUUUAGCCAUGAAACCGACUCGCGAACAUAGUGUUGCAUAAUUGAAAAUUCGCUCGAAUAAUAACGAUUUAGUAUCACCUCGCUGCGUGAACUAGAUAUUGAAGCAAUAGUCAUUACGAACAGUGGUUACUGCAAUGUAAUUUGAUCGUUACAGCACCAUCAUUUCCGAGAAGACCCGAUGUGCAAAUCGAUCUCGCUGCUCCAGGAUCAGACAUCCGUGAACGAGUAUCUGGAGUACAUAAGAACGUGGAUGAAGGACACAACAAGCUUGGUCGCUACGAGUAUCAAAUCCGGCCGCGUGAUCGGAGUCGCCGUGGCGCGAAUCAACAGUGACCCUGAGAAAACUGAUUCGUAUGAUCGUGCACAGAUCACCGAAGGAGCAAUUCUGCGGAAAAUUCUGCAGCUACUGGACAGACUAAUGGUGCAAACGAAGGCGCACGAGAGGUUUCAGUGCACAGAAUACUUCUGCGUUUACAUUCUCUGCGUGCACCCGUCUUAUCAAGAGAAAGGCGUCGAGAUCGCGCUCCUCGACGCUUGCCUGCAGGUAGCAGUUACCUUAAAAAUGCCGGCGAUCGGCGGCGUUUUCACCAGCGGCGCCAAUUUAACGAAGGCAUUAAGCGUAGGUUUCGAACUACUUACGGAGAUACGGUACAGUUCGUGGAUCAUCAACGACCGGGUCGUUUUCGAUGAUCCUGGCAGGGGAAACUACUCCGCCGCGUUUAUGGGUAAACUCAUACCGGAAGAGGAAGACCCGGAAAAUGCUGAAGUAUCAUCUGCCAAUACCACAGCUUAAAUUAUUGUCUCGCACGAAAUAUAAAUGUUUCAAUAAUAAAAUGUAUUAGAAAACUGAUAAAUUAAAUUCUGUCUAAAAACAAAGUUUGUUUCGACGAUAAGCGAUUAUAGAAAUUUUUAUUCAUUGGCAGAGCUUUUUUAUGCGAAUUAUGAAAUUAUAUCGAUAGUAAAAAUGGAGAAUGUGCUCGUAAAAAUUAUUGUAAAAUUAGGUAUUGUAUCGGUAACGCUGGAAAUGACAGUGAAUACUGAAAAAUCGAGUUUCAUGGUAAAUCUACUGCAUUACCAGCGCACCAGUUUAAUAUCCGAUUGCGAGGGACUGUACUUAGAUGCCGCCAGCUACGAUUUUAAACGUGCCGAUACCAUUUUCCGAGAAUUUCCCGUGGGUCUCCUCACGACACCCGUUCAUCAUUCAUCCCUACCCCUGCGCGCCGGUUACUUUUGAAUUCAGCAUGCGAGGGAUCGAGAAUUCACCCCACGUGAAGGGCGGCUCUGUGCAAUGAAGCUUCACCCUAUAGGACGAGAGAGACUAUAAUGCCGUCCAGGCCAAGUUGCGCCAUUUUAUUAAUCCAGAAACAAUAGUGAUUCCAACAAUUUUUCUUGAUUCCCGACAUUUUGUCGUCAACAUACUUUUAAUAUUUAAUUAGGUAAGUACUUCAAAAGAGUUAAACCAGAUUCAAACGAGGAGUUGACAAAUUUUUGAAUUUGUACGAAAUUAUGAUCAGCUUGUAAUAUAGUGAUUUCAAUAGAUGUUAAUUCGAUGAUAAAAAAUUAUUAUAACUUAAUGAGGAAGAUGA